GUGGCGUCGGCUUCGAUGUAAACAAAAACAGUGUCGCUUCUCUUGCCUGUGUUUGUGGUUCCGGUGGCUGGAGGAAACGCAAUUGAUCUCUGUAGAAAGUCCCAGAAGAGAGAACAGUGGGAGGCUCAGCGCUGGAGUAAGUUGCAAGAAUCUUCAGGUGCCACUCAGUCUCUGGAGACGGCACAAUGGCAGCAACUCCAACCCCUGGCAACCUUCUUGAUGAAUUUGAAGAAGCCUUUCAGAACUGCAUGGCUCCUCUCACUAAAGAAGAUAACUUUAAUGCUGUAAAUCAAGAAGAAUUACGAACAAAUGCAGAAGUGAAUGGUCUGCGAUUCCUAGACUUGGCUAGACAAAUGGAGGCUUUUUUCUUGCAAAAGCGAUACUUGUUGUCAGUACAGAAGCCAGAGCUUAUUCUGUUGGAGGAUAUUAUUGAAAUGCGCAACGAACUAGCCCGAAAGGAAGAGCUCCUCAAGAAGCAUGGAGAUAAGUUAAAUGAGUGGCAGGGAUUGCUGUCAUCUAUGCAGUCACGCCUUGGCACCUCACCCUCCAUAGGGCCACGGCCACCUGGUCCCUCAGGGCCCACCAUGCACCCAGGAAUGAUGGGGGCUCCCAGUGGGUCACAUAAUUCUGUUCCUAUGCCUGGCCUCAGCCCUGUAGGAAGCAGUAUGGGGCCCUCCACCAUGGGAUCCUCCACAAUGGGGCCAAGUGGUCCUUCUAUGCCUCACAAUAUGAACCCUGGGAUGGGCAUGCCACAGUCUUCCAUGAUGCAA